AAGUGAAAGUACAUCAGCUACUGAAUGUAUCAGAGUUUCGGUGUUAGCCUAGCAGAGAGCUGCCUCGUCUUAAAAUGCGUUUCUCCUCAUUUAAUGCGGGCUAAUCAUAUUUAGACAUACUAUCAUAAGCGACUUCUAGAAAAAUCAUUUGCUGUCUGUCAGGAGCUGCUCGGUGAUGUUUACCAUCCUAGUCUUCCUUUCGUUGGUCUGUGGGCUGGAGGGGGCGGAUGUGGUCCUGUCCUGCUCUCUGAUCGAGGAAGGGGGCGGGACGGGGGGCAUGAUGAGCGGGGCGAUGUUCACGCGCACUCCCUCCACUCUCGUCUUCAGGGAUCUUGUAGGAAAUCAGGGUCUGUCAGAGGAGCUCGUGACCCCGUACGAGCCCCCCGAGACCCCCAACGCUGACGACCUCAUCUUUGAGUUGUCCUUGCGAUCCAUUCAGAUUCCUAAUGCAGACCUGCUUCUUCAUGCUGAUUGCAAUGAACAGGAAGUGGUUUGUGAGGUCAGCCGUUAUGUUCCUCGUGGUGCUGAUCUGGAUUCUCUUCCUGCUCAUUUCAUUGGCUCGGUUCAGCUGGAUGGUGGCGGCCUCAGCCUUACUCUGGUGCUGCAGACCCUUCACAGUGAGACUCAGUCUGACACACAACCACUCAUACAGAGUAAACUAGACCUGCCUCUCAGCCAAUCAGGAACGUUACAGACAGAGGUGGUGUUCGUGGUGUUUUCGCGCGUGCCGUCCAUCGCGGCUCCGAUCGGAGGUGACGUUCUGCUGGACUGUGGCUUCAGACAGAAGGAGUCCGUCCCUGGACAGGAUGUGGCCCUGGAGUGGCGCAUACAGCACAGAGGAAACGGCCGCAAAAUACUUGACAUGAAAGCCAGGCAAACCGAGGCAGACGUGGGACAAGAUCCAGUAUUCGUGGACCGGGAAGGCGCGAGCGCUGAAGCAGAUCUUCUGGUGAGGGACGGUAACGCGUCUCUGACUCUGAGGAGGUUGAAGGUCUCGGAUGAAGGCACAUACAUCUGUACUGUGGGCUCUGGGGAGUUUCAGACUCAACAGAUCGUGCACCUGCACAUCACACAACCUCCUCGUAUCACGCUGUCUGAGGAGAAAUUGAUAUUUCAGGACACGACACCCCAGAAACUGAGCUGCCAUUGUCAUCGCUACUAUCCUCUGGACGUGCAGGUGGAGUGGUUUUCCCAGGAGCCCUCUGAAGAAGAACCCGUCUCUUUGUCGAAAGACUCCUCCCUCUCCAGUCACCGGCAGCACAGCGAUGGAACGUAUUCCCUCUCCUCUCACCUCACCCUACGACCCGGAGAAAACCCACCCGGGACCGUUAUCACCUGUAGGGUGUCUCACUCCACCCUGGAAACGCCGACUGACGUCGCUCUGACUGUGGACAAACCUGAGCCACAAACAGUCUUGUGGACAAUAGUCUUGAUGCUGGUGAUAUCAGUUUUUUUUUUGUAUCAAGCAUUCAAAGGUGCAGAGAACUGAGGACCAAUGUUCUGCGUGAAUUCUCGGAAGGAGCCAUCUUACGUUUUUCACUUCACUUGUCUUCACUGGAGUUCAUAUUUUUAUUCAGUCAUGGUACAUCUGUUUAAUAGAAUCUAUUCCUUGCCUAACUUAUUCCAUAAAUGUAAAAUGCAUUCUAUAUUCACAAUGUUCUGAUCUGUUGGAUGCUGGUUAUUUGUCCUCAUUUUCCUCGGGGUGUGUGAAAUAAAAACAACAGAUACGGUUUUGUCGAUGGCUUUAUUAGCAUCAUUAAAGGAUCAGGGGCAUAUAAGCAUGCUGUUUAUGCCAUUAAAAUCAAACUCUGGCAUCGGAGCUAACGCCAUUACCCCUCUGUUAUGCUAUAUGCUCUCGUUAAUAAUUUGUCGUCAUAUAAGGAAAAAAAAGACAAGUCUAAGUCUUGAAACAACAGAACAAAAUAUAAAAGUCUGUGCUGACGAAGGAAUGUGAAUCAACAGCAGUAAGGAAUGUGAAAAACAACAGUUGUAAAUUGCAUGGCAGUAUAGAUUAUUGUUUAUGCUCUGUUUGCACUGAUUAUCUGUGAUUUUCUGUACGUUUUAGUACAUUUUGGCAGGCUUGUAGCAUUCACAUCUUGUUCCCGAAUGAGGCUUUUCCACAGAACAGGAAAAUGAGGCUUAUAGCAGGCAGUCGAUAGUAAUAAUUAAACACAUCACACAUAAAACAGUCCAACGGUGGAAUUAUUCUGCCAUGCAAGUCAAAAGAAAUACCUUAUAUGUUUUUUUUGUAUGUGUACAAGUUAUCAUUUUUCCCUUUUAUUACAGUUCAGGCGUUUAUUUUUGUUAUUUAUUUUCUAAAUCUGUGCUCCUCGGUAAAAAAAAAACCCCACAGCUGUUCUCAUAACUGAUCUGUAUAUUUGUGCUGUUUUUCUGGAAAUGUCUUACGUACACAUACAUAUUGGGAAUAAAAGAAGUCUGUGGAUGAUGGCUCAUGAAUCUCGUCUCGAUCACUGGGUUGGGUUAAGAGGUUUUAGAUUUAGUCGAUAUCAAUUUAUAAAAGUUCUCCAAAAGGUCAGAUAUAAGCUUUGGCAAAACAGAGACAGAAAAAGAUGUCUAACCUGACGUCGCUACUCGUCUAUUUCUCUCUCACAUUUUGACAAGCUCUGUUACAUACACUAACGUUUAAAAGUUUGCUUUAAAAUGUUUCUCAUAUUCUGUGAAAACAGUAAUAUUGUGAAAUAUUAUUACAAUUUAACAAAAUUCUGUAUUCUGUUUUAGGUUACACUUUAUUUUAAGGUGUGCUUUUUUACGCAAGUUGCAUAUACUUACUAUUAUAAUAACAACAAAUGAUUUCAUGCAAGUAAAUCAAAAAGUUAAUUAAUACCAGUCAGUCACUGUAACAAAAACACCUUAAAAUAAAAUCUAACCCUAUUUUAAUAUAUUUCGAUCUGUAAUUAAAAAGUAAUUCAUGGUCAAACCUGAGUUUUUAGCAAUAAUUACAUUUUUAAUUUUAUUUCUGAAGGAUCAUGGGACCCGUUUUUUUUCUUAGCAUUAAUUCGAUUAAAAAAUACAUUAAAAACUGUAAAAUAUUAUUACGUUUUCGAUUUUUUAAAUAUUUUAAGCUUAAAUUUAUUCCGGCAAUAUCAGCAUCGUUUAUUCGGUCUUCAGUCAGACAUGAUCCUUCAGAAAUAAUUUUAAUACGCCGAUUCAGUAUUCAACCAAACGUUCAUAUUAUUAUAAAUGUCUUUGUAGAGACCGUGCUUAAAAAUGAAGGUUAACAUUAUUGUCCCUAUUGAUCAAAUGAACGCAUCCUUGAUGAAUAAGAGUAUUAUUUUCAUAAAACUCCUCAAACUUUUAAACAGUAUUGUAAGCGCUCUCUCUCUCUCCUUUUUUAUCUUGCUUUUUAUGUUGUUUCCUUCCUUGCCUCUUCUACUUAUUCUAAGUCUGUUUUUCUUCUGCUCUGUCUGUGCAUUCAUGUAUGAACGUCUGCGUGUCUGCAGAAGGUUUUAAUAAUGCAGGAGAUUCUGGAAGGCAGGGAAAGAGAGAGAGAGAUAGAGAGAGAGAAACUGAAAUGUGCUCAUUCUGCUGGAGAGGAGAAAGGAGAGCAGAUUUCUGUGCGUUGCUGUCACGCCAAGUUGCAAAAUGACUUAACGGAGAGACCUCGGGAUUGAAGCGUGAAGGAUGUGGAAAAUGGGCAGAGCGUCACGACUGUGUUUUCUUCAUCCACUCGUUCACUUUCUUGUUCGUUUUGCAGGUGGACCGGCUCAAGAGAAGAAAUACA